AUUGUAUCUUGGGUGUGUGAUUUGCUUUUCUUACAGAAACUGUGAUUAGAAAAAAUGUUACACUUUUUCUGUUUUGCAUUAAAUUCAUGUGUAUUUAUAUGUCACAGUUGUCUUAGAAGGAAGCUUUUGUCCUGUAAUGACAGUACCAAUUUGUGUUGUUGAAGCCUGUACUUUUGUGAGAUUUAAACUGGAAAUUCAAUAUUGGCUGCUCUAGGCACUUUGCAAGGUGGAGAAAUGCCACAUUUUUGUUUCUUUUGUGGUUAAACUCAAACAAUUGCAUGUUGCCUUUGUUCCAUUUGAGGACUACUUCAUUAGUGACGAUUUGUUGCUGUUUGUUCACAUGUGUCCAGGGGGAGAUGAAGUACAUUGCAUCCUGCAUAGUUUGGCUUUAUGUGGCAGUCUUCCUCCUUCCUGUUUCUACCUCUGUAGCUGUCGGUGAGCAGACAGGUGCUGUGUGUCCUUUAAUGAAAACAGUUACCCGUCAUCUCAAACAAAUCAACAGAGACAGUCGUGGUGUAUCAGGGUUUGAUCUAGCAGAAAGCUUUUCUUUAAGGCAAACAUCUUGCGGUGAGGAAAAGAUCUGUUUUAAACUGGGCAGUGCACCUCUCAUUAGAGAUACAAGGCAAGUAUUUCCAAAUGGGCUUCCUGAAGAAUACUCUCUAGUUGCUACGUUCCGUGUACGGCGAAAUACCAAGAAAGAGCGUUGGUAUAUAUGGCAAGUUUUAAAUCAGUAUGACACACCUGAGAUCUCUGUCCUCCUGGAUGGUACAAAAAAGGUGGUGGAGUAUAUGACCAAAUCCUCUCAGGGAAAUAUACUGCACUACACUUUUAAGAGUCGAGAAAUUUAUCCAUUGUUUGAUCGGCAGUGGCAUAAGCUUGGUAUUAGCGUGCAGUCAGGGAUCAUUUCCCUCUAUUUGGAUUGUAAUUUAAUUGAGAGAAAGCAGACUGAUGAAAAAUUCACCAUUGACUUGCAGGGAAGGACACUGAUUGCUUCUCGUACUGCGGAUGAUAAGCCUGUAGAUAUCGAACUUCACCACAUAGCAGUUUAUUGUAAUUCACAACUUGUAACAGAAGAUACGUGUUGUGAAAUAUCUGCAGACUUGUGCCCGCAUGAGGAGAGGUUACUGGCUACAACUUCAUCACCAGUGACUGUUCAUGCCAGCAAAAUAUAUACGCUUCCAGGGAUGCAACAAGAAUCUACACACAGAUGCUACUGCUUUCCAAAUAAAGGAGAAGCAGGAUUGCCAGGAGUAGCUGGUUUGCCAGGCCAGAAAGGAGAGAAAGGUGAAAAGGGUGAGAUGGGUGUGAAAGGACCGGACGGUGUUGCAGGUCUGCCUGGUGAAAAGGGUGAACGUGGCUUUCCAGGUAGUAAAGGUGAAGAAGGUGAAAAGGGUGAAAAAGGAGAUAAAGGAGAACCAGGACCAGAAGGCCUUCCUGGAAAAGAGGGACUAAAAGGUGACCCUGGUAGUCCUGGUGUGUCUGGUCUGAAAGGAGAAAAGGGAGAUGCAGGACCUCCAGGACCAGCUGCCUUGAGUGGUUUACUGGAGGGUCCCCAAGGUCCACCUGGCAAAGAAGGUCAAAGGGGGAGACGAGGCAAACCAGGCCUUCCAGGAAAACCAGGGCCACCAGGACCUCCUGGUCCUUCUGGACUAAAAGGAAUCCUGGAUUCAUUGAACAAGCAUUAUAAUGAGAGUGAUACAAGACUACUAGGCGUACUUGGGACCCCUGGACUAAAAGGCCAGAAGGGAGACAUUGGUCAAAAAGGAGAAUUGGGAAUGACUGGUGCAAAAGGAGAAAAGGGAGAGCCUUCUGAGAAAGGGGACAAGGGAGACCCAGGAGAGACUGGAAUGGAAGGAUCAAAAGGAAAUAAGGGUGAAAUGGGAGAUCCUGGACCACCUGGUCUUAUUGGAAAUCCAGGAUCAAUGGGACUGCAAGGCCCUCCAGGACCGGUUGGACCCAGGGGACUGCCAGGAGAAGUUGGCUUACCAGGAGAUCCUGGGGUACCAGGAAACCCAGGAAUUAAAGGAGACAAGGGUGACCCUGGUGGAAUUAUGGGACCACCUGGACAUCCAGGUCCAAAAGGCGAUAUGGGGCCUCCUGGAACAAGUCUGCCUGGAGCACCAGGUCCCACUGGUGUUCCUGGAAACCCAGGUCCAAGGGGGCCAAAGGGAGAAAGAGGACUACCUGGUGUACAGGGAGCACCUGGGGAGAUGGGGCCCCCUGGAAUAGGCAUUCAGGGAUCACCAGGUCCUGUAGGUCCAACUGGAUCAUCAGGUGUGCAGGGCCCUAGGGGACCUCCAGGAUUACCAGGAGCUCCAGGUACCCCUGGUAUUAAUGGCACUCCAGGAAGAGAUGGAAAGCCAGGACUACCAGGCCCUCCAGGUGAUCCUGUGGCACUUCCACUUGUGGGAGACAUGGGUGCUAUACUGAAGGGUGAUCCUGGCACAAGAGGUCCUCCAGGCAUUCCUGGUAGAGAAGGACCAAAAGGAAACAAAGGUGAACGUGGAUUUCCUGGGCUUGCAGGAGAAAAGGGCGAUGAGGGUCUUCAAGGUGCUCCUGGACUGCCAGGUAUACCAGGACCCAGUGGCCCAUCUGGAGUCCCAGGAAGACCUGGACAUCCUGGUCCAGCUGGAGCAAAAGGAGAAAAGGGUGGUGAAGGUUCUCCUGGGAAACCUGGACCACCCGGGCCGCCGGGUAUGCCUUACAAUGAAAGAAAUGGAAUGAGCAGCUUAUAUAAACUGCAGGGAGGUGUGAGUGUCGCAAGUUAUCCGGGUCCACCAGGACCUCCGGGUCCAAAAGGGGAUCCUGGAACAGUGGGAGACCCAGGACCAAUGGGAUUACCAGGACUGGAAGGACUCCCAGGAGAAAAGGGUGACCGUGGACCAGCUGGUGCACCGGGAGCAUCAGGGACACCGGGAAGGCCAGGAUCCCCUGGGUCCCCAGGAUUGCCAGGAGAACCUGGUGAAAGAGGACCUAUAGGAGAUAUAGGCUUCCCUGGUCCAGAGGGACCACAAGGAAAACCAGGAAUCAAUGGAAAAGAUGGAUUGCCAGGUCCUCCGGGUGCUGUGGGGAGACCAGGAGACAGAGGACCCAAAGGAGAACGUGGAGAUCAGGGUAUUCCAGGGGACAGAGGUCCACAGGGUGAACGAGGGAAACCUGGCCCAUCAGGGGAAAAGGGGGAUGUGGGUCCUGUUGGCCCUCCAGGAGACAGAGGCUACCCAGGAUCACCAGGUCAUCAAGGCCCCCCAGGUUCACCAGGACCCCCAGGAUUUUCAGCUGAUGCAAUUUCACUUGAAGAAAUAAAAAAAUAUAUCAAACAAGAGGUUCUUAAGGUGUUUGAAGAAAGGAUGGCUCAAUUUGUAUCCCAGCUGAAGCUCCCUGCUGCCAUGCUUGCCUCCCAAGCUCAGGGAAAACCAGGGCCCCCAGGAAAAGAUGGGUCACCAGGGCCACCAGGAAAGGAUGGUUUGCCAGGGCCACCAGGAGAACGUGGAAUUCAAGGUUAUAGAGGACAGAAAGGGGAAAGAGGCGAGCCUGGAAUUGGACUGCCUGGUAACCCUGGACCACCUGGCCCUGCAGCUGCUGGCCUGCCAGGCCCACCAGGAACAUCAGGUGCACCAGGACCGCAGGGGCCGCCUGGACCCAACGGGAGAUGCAAUCCGGCAGAUUGCUAUUACCACGUAUCACAGACUCGCUCACGCACCAGCAGGAAAUAAAAACCCUCUCCCCCAGACACUUGGGUUCACCGUCGCUUUUCACACUUUCCAAUAAGUUAAUUUAAGUUUUGAAAUAUUUGCUGCAUUUUUUUUUUCUCUCGACACUGCAUGGUAUAUAGAUGAUUGGUAAGGCACAAAAUUGAGCCUUUUUCUAUGUUAUUUGCAGUGUUACAAUGAUGACAUGAUGUCAUAUAAUUUCCAGAGUGCAUUCCAGGUGUUCUCAUAUUUAUUUUGCUUAGAAGAGAAAACAGGCCCAAAUAAUUUUCAUAAACUUCUUUCUUCAAACAAAAAGUAUUUUAUCAGAACUUAAGACAUUAUGUGUGCCUCCAUAUGUAAGCUGGCUUUAUUUUUCUUGCUGGUGGUGAAUUUUAAAUGGAAAAAAUACAUUUCUGAAGUUGCAAAGUGUACUCAUUCAUGGCGAAUGCAGGACCUGAACUGGGGCACUCGGAACUCUGUUUAGACUAAACAUUCAUGUCCUUCAAGGAGGCUCCAGCACACCUUCUGAAAACUGUCUGCCAUGCACCAGGAACACUGCCCACCAUUUCAUGGUCACAUCCAAGAUGGCAAAGAAGGAAACAAAGAUGUGUUUAUGGUCUCCUUAUCCCAUCCAAGAUGAUGCUGCAGACUGACUGGAAAAUCACCAGGUGUAGCUCCAGGAAGUGUCUCUCCUGACUGGAUUUUGUCCCAGCUGGGGGCUUGUAUGUUCCUUUAGUCAUGGUUACACAUACCCCAGGUAUUAAAUGCAAGAGGCUUCUGAUGGUGUCCUGGACUGAGAACUGGCACACCUUUUAACCAUUACGUGGACUGAGUAAGGGCACAAAGUACUGUAGUCAAGAUACUUUGCCAUUAAGUCUGCCUACAGCAAAGGUGACCCUUUGCUUUAGAGCAGAGGCUGGUGAGUACAUGGUCCAAGAAUGGAACUUCACAAGCCUCUAAUCUUGGUGAUAGCACUGUUUUCCUCUUCUUCCUGCAAUAUUCAUGUGCUGAAAUAGGCUUCAGAAGAACGUGGAAUCUAUAGAGUGCAAAACACACAGCUCCUAUUAAUGGUUAUAGAAAAUUUCUUGAGUUCAAGAGAAAUUUGGAAAAACUACAAACCCUCCUAGAAAAGUGUACUACCAAGAGCAACAGCAUCUAGUUUUCAGGCAUUUAGUAAAGUCUACAGGAACAGACAAUGUCAAUGAUGAACAAAACAGAUCAAUGUGUAAAUCCCAUGGAGUUCAAAGGGUUGAGCAAAAGAAAAGCUGGAGAAAACUAGUCACACAGGUGAUCCUGAAAUGGAGUGAAUAGGGAUGGCCAAAAUGUCACUUCUGGUUAUUAAUCAACAAAUGAUCCUAAGUUGGUCCUGUGGAAUUUUGUACCGUGCAAUAGAAAGUGAAGGUGCUAUUUAGAGAACACAGACAUCUAUAACCUACAACCUCAAAAUGUACCUGUAGUACAAAGCCAUACUGAAGGCUCUUAUCCCAUUGUUUGGAAGUCACUCUCCCACAUCAGGCAGAGAAGUAGUUUUGAUAACUUUGUGCUUGAGCAGUACUGAGCCACCAGGGAAAUAUUCUCAAAUUGGAAGUGCUGGCUUCCAGAGAAACUGUUGUGAUACAUGAAUGUGGCUAACUUCUGGGUUUUGCUUAAAAGCAAUUAAGGAAUGACGGGUGGGAGUCUUUAGCAAAAGAUACACGUUGGCAUUUGUUCUGCAUAGAGUUCCUAGCACUUGCACCUAGAGCAAAGGAGCAAGGUGAGAGCAAGAGGUUACAGAAUUAACUCAGGCAACAGCUGGGACACUCAGGACACUUUCUGAAAAGGAAAGCACACAUCCCUGACAUGUUCAUUGUUUUGGUGUCUGGAAGAGAGAAGGUACUUGCUACAAAAGGAUGUUAAAGGAAACACAGGGAUGGAAGGCUGAUAGUAAACACCUGGGACAAGAGAGGGCAGCAGGAAUGAGGACAGCAGAAAACCUGUGGCAUACCGUGAAAGUAUCUCCUGAAGGAGCUGCAAUGCACCCUGCAGCUAUGGACACCUUGGGGAGUCAGGGUGUUUUAUCUGUUCCAUGUGAGAAUGGCAUCAAAAGCCCACAGGCAAACCCAGUCCUCACACCACCUGUUCUUCUCACGUCCCCCGUUCCUCAGGAGGCAAUGGCUGUCCCUUCUCCGGGCCAGCGCAUCCUCCUCUGCGGGCAGCGGGCGCCUGUCCUGCUGGGCUGAAGGUGCAUUUGGGACAAGUGGUCCUGCCUGAGCCUAGCUCAACACGAGCUGCUCCCACUCCAGAACAGCUGUGCCCAUGGAGCAUGUUUUGGUUUGCUCUGUGGAACUGAGGCUGUGGGAGUGCUGGGAAUGGCGAGGCAGCUGGAAACCGAGCACUGAGGCACCAACCGCUGUGCGGGCCAUGGGUCUGCCCGCCCAGACGGUACAGCCUUACACCAACGCAUCUCGGUGUCUAAACAUGGACACCAGAGGAGCAACAGCCCCACUUACUGCUGUCCAUUCUCUGAAAGGAACUGCUGGUCCAGUAUCUUGCAUGAAAAUUUUCUCUUUCUUUUGGUUUUUGGGGUUUUUUGGGGGGUUUUUUGUUACUUCUCUAGGAAUUCCAAUAUAUGUAAUAAUCUAAACAUUUUUUACUUCAUAAGUUAAUUUUGAACUUCAUUUUCUGUGAUAAUAUUGAAAAGGGCGCUGUCUUGUGGUAGUACUUGUGUGACUUAGAGAUUCCCGAGCAGCCCCAUCCUGGAAGACUGUACAUAGACCGUUGCGCCGCAUUGGUGGUAUCUGUAUAUUUUGGGGCUUUUAGCUUGCUGAAACCCAGCAUCUGUUAUCUGUCAGAUGCAAUUGCUGUAUUUUAAUUUACUUGAACUUACUAGAAAGCAGAACACUUUUUAUAUUUGAAGAAGUUUUAUUUUUUCAUCUAUGUUUCCUACAGAUGCCUUUUUCUUUUUAUAGGCUCAAAGAGAAAGGUCUUUCUAAAAUGUAAUUGAAUGCUUUCAGUUGAUUUGCAGGUAACUUUGGUAAUUAUCUUCUUGAAUUAUUUUUAUUUUGCUAAAAGCCCACUUUAAUUUUCUCAUGUGAGAAAAUGGGUAUUUUUUAUAUGGGCUGUCUCAAUACCUGUUUUAAGAUGCCAUGUUUUUCAUUGGGGUAGAACAGAGUUAAUCUCAGCUUAACUUUAAUUCACACUGGCUUGCUCCUACUUUGCAGUUUUAGAAUUGAAAAUGGAAUGUAGCUGGAAACGUGUCAGCAUGUUUUCCAGGUUUGGCCCCUGAAAUUUCUUUGCAGUUUCAGACUGAUGUUUUCUUAGUUUUGGGGCAGGAGGCCAGGGAGGGAAGAGGGGAUGCUAACCUAUUUUGCAAUUUGCUUUAUCAAUUUUGUGUCUGUUUUAAGCAGUUCAUGCUGCAGUAAGCACUACAAGGAAAUAAACAUGAGGGAUUAUUUUCUUCCAGUAACAUAAGGUCUUUUAUUCUGCUUUGGGUUUGUUUAUGUGCAACAAGACUCAGAAGUGAAGUAAUUUUGACAAAAUGUUUUAAACCUUUCUUAAAAGCCCUUUAAGCUUCAUCCUAGUUCAAGGUCCGACUAUUAUAUUUUGCAGCAAGUUUUUUAUCGCCUGUUAAGAACCUGUUGGGAUUUUCUUUAAAUAGCUAUGUACAGAACUACUCAGUUUGCCUAAAGAAAGUACAGAAACUUGCUAAGUGGGAAGCUUUCCCGAGGCUGCAGCAGACCUCCUGCUGUCCACAUGGUGGAGUGCAAAACAUCCUUUCAGUACAAUGAGUGCAGCCCAGGCAUAACUCGCCCAGCAGCACAAGAGCUGACCCAGCCAUGUGUACUCUCACAGCACAGCAGUCAGUGUUUCUGAUUUUGUUCUUGAGACUGACUUUUUUCUAUUUUCUUCCUUCAAAUCUCUUUAAUUUUUCAUGGCAGUAUUUGCAGAAAUACUGCCUUUCUUGGAUAAUUAUUGUCAGAUAAUAUUGCUAAGACUGUGUUUAUUAUUAUAUUGUGUUUUAUGUACAUUACAAAAGAAUAUGUUGUGGUGGGACAUCUCACUUUCAGGCAUCAUUUAUGCUGCCUGCAAUGAUGUUUGUCUCCAGGGGAAGAGGGACUCACCUAUGGUUAGUAAAAACUUCAACAGCAUCCAAUGUACAAUUGGGCAGCAGUGCAGCCUGUUUUGAGAACAGCAGGCAAAGUUUUGAGAGCCAAAAUUCUUACCUUAAAUUGGAUUUGGUUUCAGUGGUAAAAGAGCACUGUGAUACGAAACAGGACUGAUUAUUAUUUUAUGAUUGUGGGUUAUGACAGAUGUUAGAUAUACACAGCUUUGUUAAAUAAGUGGGGGGGGGUUAUUAAUGGAUAAUCACACAAAAUAUUUUGGAUAUUCUUAUUUUUCACAAGGGUGAAAUGUUAUUUUUCAUGUCUAUGUGCACUCAAUGUUUUUUUCUGAAAUGUUUAUAUGAAAGUAUUGUAAAAAUCCCACUGGCUAAAUUAGCAUUUUAUAAACUUGUUUCUCCAAGCGGACUACAUAAAACCAGUCCCUAAUCUUACAUUUUACUAAUGCAGUAGAAUUGCUGCUCUAAUGUGAGAUGUUAGAAGAAGAAAAGUAACCCAGAAAUCAAAACAUUGCUGGUUUGGGGUGUGUUUUUAUUGAGUUUUUCAUAGUUUCUUGGAUAUACCAAGUCAUGCAAAUUUUUCCUGAAAUCUGAUAUGUCCACUACAAUUCAAUUGUAUUGGAUGGAUGUUUAAAUCACCUCUAUGCACGUAGGUGGGUGUAGGCCAUAUGGAGAACAAGUUUAACUCUGAAGUUGUUGUGGUUGGUAUUUAAGUGGAAAAUCCAAGCUUCAGGAUACUGUAAGGAAACAUGGUUUUCAAAUACUAAUUGCAAACAAACAUUGCAGAGUCUAGACCAAAACAAGUUUGUAGUUAAAAAGAUUGGAGUCUACAUGUCUUUUAGCUGUUUUCUUUCUUUGUCUGCUAUUCUAUAUACAUGAAUGCAUUUAAUUAAUUUCUGCAGUUUUAAUGUAAAUAUAUUCUGUCUCCAGUCAGAAUGUUUGAUGGAUUCUCAAUGACACACCUCGUUUUUUUGUAUUCUUUAAUUUCUGAAUUAUAUGCAGUUGUCACUGAAUGAAUCACAGAACAUGACGACUGGUUAUUUCCUUCCUUCCUUAUAUUUGUGGCUUGCAACAUUUAAGGCUCAGUUCAAUGGAAAUGUAUUAAGUGGACGAAAAAUAACUUUUUACAUUAUUAUGUAGCCAUGUAUAUAUGAAACAGGAUGCAGGAUGGAAAUUGAAAUAUUUCACACACGUUCUGUUUGUGGCUCUGUCAAAAAUAUCAUCUUUUCCUUCUGUGUCAAAUCAUGAGAGGGAGGAUGCAAUUGCAAACAGGAGAAAGGAGAGGCACAAAGCCACUUCAGUGAGCUCUGGGGAGAAGUCAGGGCAGGCUGGCUGAAUUUGAGAGUGUUGGAUUUUGACCCAAACUGAAGUCGGUCUUGUGCUUACUAGGCCUGGUGAAAUUUAGGGAUUAAUAAACAAAAUAAAAAUAAAAAUAAAAAUUAAAAAUUAAAAAAAAAAAUUAAAAAACCCCACCACCUAAAUGCAAAACCUUGGUCUUAAUAUGUAUAUUAUUUAUGGAAAUUAAUACAAUCCCUUAAUGCAGAUAAGCUUCCUGCCCAAGUAGGAGAUAAUCACUGUUGUUCAAGAAACUGAUUCACUGAACUUUAGGGACCUUUAGGAAUUUUCAUUUUUCUCUUGCUGCCUAGCUCUCCCAGGAGGAAAAAUGCCAAUGCUAUUUUAAAGGACUCUAGGUAAUAAUUUCACCAAUAAUUUGAUUUUCUUUCUUCUGAUUUCAUAGUGACUUCAGAAAGUUUGUUUUGUUCAUUGUCUGAAGCGGCUAGGUUUACUCAUCCUUUUGAAUGCACAGGCAGCAAGCAAAACAGAACAGGAACAACAAAAAAUUGAAAGGAGGGAAUAAAACUGAAGCUGUAACAAAUUUCACAGGAAUAACUUGCCCUACAAAAUAUCUAUAUUUCUUCUCUACCUGUGACCCAUGAGCAGAGGAGAUGCAGCAACUGCAUUUUUUACGUAUAAAGGAAGCAGAGGUUACAUGGCCAAAAAAUAAUACAGUGAUGAGCAGGUCAAGCAAACACAUUUCACCCAAUUAUUUAAGCAAUUUAACAACAUUUCCAAAAAUGCAGCAUUUGUAUGUGGUGCACAACUGCUGUGUUCUACCAGGAUGAACUAACACUGUUGUCUCUGAAACAGUGUUUCUUGGAAAACCUGGCUUAUUGUUUCUUCUGUCCUUCAAGUAACCUUCAAAAUACCACCUGUUGACAUUUUCCUAUUUGAAGGAAAACAGGUUUUUUUGUAGAUCUGUGCUUGGCUCUGGGAGAGCUCAGAUCAUGACUAAGGUAUUCAAGGACACAAAAUGUAGUGUAAUCCUCCUUAGCCUUGGUUUCAUACAUCAUUUAGGAGCUCCAAAUACUGCUCUAGAGCUUCUUUGGCUGCAGAGACCUUUGUGAAACAUUCAAGAUUUUUUGGUAGCAGUUCAUACUAAGUUGCUUGAAACCAGUGAUGUUUGAGGCAGAAAACUUAAAUAUAAACUCAUAUAUUAACUUUAUGUAUAUAUAAUCUAUAGAUGUAUAAUACAUCCAUCUCUUAGCUCAGUAAUUGGCAGCAGUGUUAUGAAUACUUGCUAAUAGAUCGUGAAUGGUUUUAAUCCAGCUGGCCUCCGGUCAGAACUGGGGUUGGUCCUGUUCAGUGUCUUUAUCAGUGACCCCGGAUGAGGGGAUUGAGGGCUCCCUCAGUCAAUUAUAGACAACACCAAGCUGAGUGACAGUGUUCAUCUGCUGGAGGAUAGGAAAGCUCUGUAAAGGAGGGAAUCUGGACAGGCUGGAUUGAUGGAUGCUGAGGAAUGCCUCAACCCAUGUGUAGGACCUUGGCCUUUCUGAACCUCAUGAGGUUCCCAUGGACCCACUUCUCCAGCCUGUCCAUGUCCCUCUGGAUGGCAUCCCUUCCCCCCAGUGUGUUGACUGCUGUUGACUAACUGUUGACACAGCUUGGUGUCUUUGACAAACUUGCUGAGGGUGCACUCGAUCCCAUGGUCCAUGGCAUCAGCACAGACAUUAAACAGUGCCAGUCCCAACAUGGACCCCUGAGGAACUGUCCUCUACUUGGACGUUGAGCCAGGGACCCCAACUCUUUUGGGGUGUCCACCCAGGUCUGUCUGUCAAAUGCAUGUCUCUCCAGCUUACGGACAAGGAUGUUGUGCAGGACAGUGUCAAAUUCCUUGUCCAGAGAGAUGAUGUCAUUCCCUCUUCCUUCCUCCAUCACCACUAUAACCCUCUCAGAAGGCCACCAAAUUUGUUGGCAGUGCCAGGUUACCAGUCAGACUCAAUUAUAAUAAAGUUCUUGUGCAGCUUAAAAAAGUGUAUAAACUGGUUAUCAUUACGAUUUUCUCUGGAUUCCUGCCUAUACUGAAGUAACUGAGUAGCUAAAAUAUGUAUAUAUCACACUAUAAUUAAACUUCCAGAACUAGAACUGGUGACAGAGAUCAUGAUGAGUAAAAGAUUUUCACUAGUCUUCUGUUUAAUAAAUCUCAAUUUUAUGAGGCUGAACCUGAAGGAGAUGAGAUUUAUUUGGGAUUUCACUAAGAUUUCAGGAGUAUCUGGUUAAAAUUAGUGGCACACUGACAGUGGCUUGUGAAACCUCUCAGCCUCUUUGCACUGUGUCUUCUAAAUUUAUUUUUAAUUCUUUUUCCUGUAUCACCAUUGUCAAUACAUCUUUAUUUUAAAUACAUAAUCCUGUCUUUAUCUUCCAAAUGUCUAUUUUACUUGAAUGUGCUGUUACUAAAAGUCACAUCUCUGGUAUGCUGUGGUGCACAGUCAACCAUUUGUCUCUUUUCCGUUCUGGUGUAAGAUUUAGAAUUGAGAAUUAGAUUAAUCAACGCAUCCCACAAGGACUUACAAUAGGCCUGAGGAUUUUUUCUUCAUUUCUUUAAGUUAAAACUUGUGAGUCAGCUUGAAGGCAGAAAAUUUAUCACAGUCUUAAGAUGUCCACUUAAAAAGAUUCUGCAUUGAAUUGACUCUCAGUGUUGAAUUUGUUUGAUUGUAAUAAUUCUUCUUUGGGCUUUGCAUAUGAAUAUUUUUGUUCCUACAUGAGUUUCCUUCCAUUGUGGAAUUUUAUGCAUUUUUCAAACUACAUUUUCUA